AUUCAUAAAACGGAAAGAGAACUGCCCGUGGUAGUAAAGCUCUCAGGAGGGUAACACAACAUUACACUGCGCACUGGCAACGCUGGAUUUGACGUAUUGUUGUUAUUAAACCACCAUUUGACCGUGACCAGUCCCCGUCCGAGGAGGAAAAUGGUCACAAUGGACGAACUUUGUGAAAUGGAUUGCAGCGUUUUGAAAAGGUUGAUGAAGGACGACAGUGCGAAAUGCCUGCUUUUGGACUGCAGGUCGUUUCUGGCGUUCAGCGCCGGGCACCUUCGCGGUGCCGUAAAUAUUCGCUGUAACACGAUAGUCCGGAGGCGAGCGAAAGGCUCCGUGACUUUGGACCAGAUUCUCUCCGGUGACGAUGAAGCGAGAGCCCGUCUCAAAUCAGGGCUCUACUCCGCCGUAAUCUUGUACGACGAGCGGACCUCCGAUACAAACACUAUGAAAGACGACAGCACAAUCACUCUGGUACAUAACGCUUUGUGUAGGGAUACAUUUAGGACAGAAGUCUACCUGCUAAAAGGAGGCUACGACAGAUUUUCCACACAGUAUCCCGACUACUGUUUGAAAACCAAAACACUGGCUGUAUCCAGCCCUCAGUCCGGUUCGGAGAGCAGCUGCACCUCCUGUGGAACUCCACAGCAUGACCAGGGUGGCCCUGUGGAAAUCCUCCCUUUUUUAUUUCUUGGCAGUGCCCUCCAUGCGUCUAAAAAGGACAUGCUAGAUCGUAUGGGCAUUUCUGCUCUGUUGAAUGUAUCUUCAAAUUGCCCAAACCAUUUUGAAGGAGAUUACCAGUACAAGUGUAUCCCGGUGGAAGACAACCAUAAGGAGGACAUCAGUUCUUGGUUCAUCGAAGCCAUUGAAUUUAUAGACUCCGUCAAGGAUUCCAAUGGCCGCGUUCUGGUGCAUUGUCAGGCAGGCAUCUCACGGUCAGCCACUAUCUGCUUGGCGUACCUGAUGAAGAAGAAGCGGGUGCGUCUGGAAGAAGCAUUUGAGUUUGUCAAACAGCGGCGCAGCAUCAUCUCCCCCAACUUCAGCUUCAUGGGUCAGCUGCUGCAGUUCGAGUCUCAGGUGCUGGCCACUUCCUGUUCCGUAGAGGCCGCCAGCCCUUCCGCCACUCUCGGCCCCAAGUCUUCCUCCACCCCCACGUCGCCCUUCAUCUUCAGCUUCCCCGUGUCAGUAGUGACCCACAGCCAGUCCAGCAGCCUCACCUACCUACAGAGUCCCAUCACAACCUCGCCAAGCUGCUGAUACAAUGCUAGACUGAAAAACUGAACUGAAAAAGGGUGACGUCUUUCACUUGGCACAAUCAUGCGGUCGUUCGAGCUGAGCUGCAUCUUUUUUUUUUUUUACAGCUUCGCUGGUGACCCGUCCUUAUCUAACUCACCCUGCGGUCAUUAAUAUCAGAAGAAUAAGUCGUUAUAUCCUGUGGGGUGGUUCAUCCCCUUCAUUUCCUGAGGUUCACUUCCAAAGACUUUGCGAUUGGCCAACGGGGCUGCUCGGAAUGAAAUGCAGGAGGUCCUUCGACCCUGACAGGUUCUUUACACUGCGUUUGGACUUCCCAUUUAUCACUUCCUCUCACCGGCCUUCCUGAGUUCCUUUAAUAGAGACGGUCGUGACAUGACCUUUGGCAGGAAGUGACUUUCAUCGAGUCGGUUUUUGCAUUUGUCAGUGCCUUGUACAGAGAAGGUACACAGACACUUUCACAAGACGCUCACGUCGCCUUUCCUUCGAAGCAUUUCAAUCUGCAAUACAGAUCCGUUCCUGUCACAGAUCAGAGCAAUAACCUGAUUCUCCUUCCUCCCUGUCGCCACCAAAGCACUGUAUGGUCUGUUUUUGUUUUGUUAUAUUGUGUGAACAUGAUUUGAAACGUUUGUUUUCUUUUGUAGUUCGUAUUGAAGAGAUCUGCUGUAUGCCUUACCAACGACUUCCGCACGGAAUGCUCUCAUUAAUAAAAUAUUUAAGGAAUAUAGUAAUGGCGGGUUAUACACUGAAACUUUUUACACUGGAAGUUUUGGGAACGAUUGGGAAGCCACAGUUUGUUUGUAAUAUUCCCGUUUGAGAAGCUUUGUGAGGGGAAACAUGCCUUGAAAAGUCAAUAUAGCAGGCGGUAUGUUUAUGUGUGUGGAAACCUACAUUUUUUAUGAAAAGCAGGCGCAUUUUAUAGCACUUUUAAGUGAUGCAAAAUUGAUUUGAGGUUCGUUUUGCACCUCGCCAGAAUUGAAGUUCUAAACCGAGAAAGUUUCCCACUAUUUUUGUUUUUUUUUGCCAUAUUAUGUGGUCUGUUUGUCUGUCAAUCACUGAGAUGAAUGCAAUACUUUUUACUGUACUUGUGAAGAUGUUAUUGUCUGACGGCUAAUGGCAAUAUCAUUCAGAGGGUUACGAUUUUUUGAACUCUACCCUGUUGUAUUAUAUGUACAUUUUAUUUAUCUCACGAUUGUCAUUGUUAAAUAUAAACUGUGUUCUUUAAUGAAAGCGUGGUGUGAUU